GAGUUAUCUUCUCAAAAUGGAAUCCUCGAGAUGUCUUCAAAACCACUAUUCCUUGAAUGUCUCCUGCUCAUAAUAUUUUUCAGUUGCUCAUCUGAAACCUAAAAUAACAAAACAAACCCAAGGUUGUAGUUUUGUACCGCUGUAUACAGCUGAAAGGCAGACUGGGAUUCUUUUAGAACCCACAUGCAAGGAGUGAGUGACAGGGUUCUUGAAAAAGGUAUGAAGGAUGGCAAACAGCUCCGCACACACUUUCCAUCAGCCAAAUGAGCUCUAUGCGGCUUCUCGAAAGAACGAGUCCAGGCUCUCUGACGAUUCCGAUGAUGAGGACAUGGGUCGCCCAGCGUUUUCUACUGCCGCAAGGGUGGACAAACGUAAGUUGGCAGACAUGGAUGAUGAGAAAUAUCCUUCUAAAAUGCAGAAGAUCCAUUUAUCUGCUGCAUAUACUGGCCGGACAAACGUCACUGGGGCUGUGAAAAUGAUGAAACAACAUGAACCACAAGAUCAAACAGAUGGGGCCAAGGAAUCCGGUGAUGGUGCUUCUGGUGCGAUAGGUGGAGCCUACAGCACUGCUGCAGAAAAAAUGAUGUCCAAGAUGGGCUACAAGGCGGGUACCGGUUUGGGAAAGCACGCCCAAGGUCGUGUUGACCCCGUGGAGGCAUCCAUGCAGAGGGGCAGACGCGGUCUGGGGCUCAACAUCAAGGGACUGGAGCCAAACAUGUUUCUGGAGUGGUCCAUGGAGAGUGAUCCGGUGACAAUCGAUGAGACUGUGGACUGGUUGCCAUCUUGUAAAGACCCUGUGCCCAGUCUGGAUCAGCUCAGGUCCUGGAUGAAGAUUGGCCCUAAAAAGCACACAUUGGAUGAUGAAGACAGUUUUUGUUCUGAAGGAACAUUGCAGAAUGUUCUAGCCAGUAAGAGUAUAUUUGACAGUCUGGAGCCAGAAGAGAUGAGAAAGGCUCGCACACGGUCAAAUCCCUACGAAACUAUCAGGGGGGCCUUCUUCCUAAACAGGGCAGCCAUGAAGAUGGCCAACAUGGAUGCUGUGCUCAAUUUCAUGUUCACCAAGCCCAAGCACCCUGAUGGGAAGCCGAUGUUGGGUCACAAUGACCUACUCUACUUUGCUGACGUGUGCGCCGGCCCAGGAGGGUUUAGUGAGUACGUGCUGUGGAGGAGCAAGGCAGAGGCAAAGGGCUUUGGGAUGACCCUUAAAGGAGAAUGUGACUUCAAAUUGGAGGACUUCUUUGCAGGACCACCGGAAAUGUUUGAACCCCAUUAUGGAGUUGGCGGGGCCAAUGGCAAUGGGGACAUCUUCAAUGCUGACAAUCAGAAAGCCUUCAUUGACUUUGUCCUGGAAAACACUUCAGGGCUGGGUGUUCACUUUGUGAUGGCUGAUGGGGGUUUCUCAGUUGAAGGGCAGGAGAACAUCCAGGAGAUUCUGUCCAAGCAGCUCUACCUGUGUCAGUUUCUUGUGGCCAUUUCCAUAAUAAGGACAGGCGGCCAUUUUGUGUGCAAGCUUUUUGACUUGUUCACACCAUUCAGCAUUGGACUGGUUUAUCUCAUGUACAGAAUAUUUGACCAGGUGUCAAUAUUCAAGCCAGUCACCAGCAGGCCGGCUAAUUCAGAAAGAUACAUAAUCUGUAAAGGGCUGCGUGGGGACCGUGAGCCAGUGAGACAGUACUUCCAUGAGGUGAACCUUGCUCUCAACAAGUACCUGGUCUCUACGUCAAUGGAGGAUGUGAAUGAGAUAGUGCCCAUGGAGUACCUGCAGAACAAUGGGCCUUUCUACGAGUACAUGUGUAACUCCAAUGACAGUCUAGGAGAAAUCCAGAUACUAAACUUGAAGAAAAUCCAGGCCUUCACUCGAAACACAAAUCUUGUGGACACCAGACAGGCUGAUAUCCGUAAACAGCUGUUAGAGAAAUGGAAGGUGGACGAUGAGUUAAGAGUAGCCCCACCAAAGGUUCUCCCAGAUCAUAAAUGUCAGGACCUUCUCAAUGGUGAUGACCAGUUCCUAGAUCAUGUGACCAAUCAGCUGACCCUAGAGAAUCUGCGGUCCAUCACAAGUGUGUUUGACUAUCGAUGUAUGGUGACGGGGGACCACCCUGAGAAACAAGUCUUCUUACUGGGCCUUGGGAGGUCCAAGGUUUUUCAGCGUGAGUGCAAGGCAGGUUCCCGUUGGCAGAAGCUGGAUAACAAUAAACUGUUUGUGGAGUUGCCGAGAGAUACAUUGCUACAUGCUGAGAUUGUCACUGAACUAAGGGGGGGGAGAGACAGCAAGCAGAAGAGACAGUAUGGGAUACAAGGGAUCCGGUUGUGA